GGCCAGACGACCGAUGAGGUCCUCUCAUUACUGACCACACUUCUCACAACAAGUCUGCCGUUUCUCCCGCAGCCAUGUCCUCCCAAGCCCUCACAAAACGCCAGAGCGAAUCCGCUCUGAUGCCCCCUCCCCCACCCCCAAAGCGCAUCAAACGACCCGCCACCGUCCUCGACGAAGACGUCUACACCAACGUUCUGUCCGACAUCAUCGCCCGAGACUACUUCCCCGGUCUGCUCGAGGCUCAAGUGAAACAGGACUAUCUGGACGCUCUCGACUCAAAGGACAAAGAAUGGAUCGCCACUUCGAAGAGGAGGUUAGUCGACGUGCUAAGAACGCCCGGCAGGGCCAGGCCCCGCCCCGCCGCCUCGGGCACCACACCACAGUUCUCUGACGUGGGGGACACCCCGACCGGAUGGCGCGGUGAGACACCGUUGUCGGUGGGCUCUGCGACUCCGUCGACCGUCGCCCCGACGCAGUCCCAAGAGGAGAGCGCCGCACCCGACGUCUCCCGGCUUGGACUCCUCGAGUUCCAGGCUAAGUACACCAGCGAGGAUAACGAGUCGUUCAAUAAGGUGCUAGACAAGCAGAACGCCAAGCGCCGCGAGCACUACGCCUGGAUGUGGAGCGGGAAUAAGGUCCCCACGGCGCGCCAGAUCGCACAUCACCGGCGGGAGACCAAGCGCAUCGAGGCCCAGGGGGGUACGCCCUCCUCCGACCCAACCACCCAGGCGGUAGCCAUCAAGACGGAUCUGGACGCCCGGCCCGCUAAGCCAGAUGCAUGGAAGGCCCGGCCCGAAAACCCCCUCAUGUUCGCGCCCCAGUCCAUCGAAGACGACCACGAGACGAUCCAGCAGCGCGCUGAAGCUGCUUCGCGCGCGGGGCCCAAACACGUUGUCUACCAGAACACCCGGCUACCGGACGAAACUCACCGGCCCGCUGCCCCGCCCCCUCCUUCCCCGUCUAUCUCCGCCAUUAAAGACGCCAUCGCGGGGCGUCCGCGCCUCACAGACUCCGAACCGGGCUUCACAGGCGGCGAGACGCCCCGCGUCAACGGCUACGCCUUUGUCGACGAGGACGAACCAGACUCCGCCACCACAUCCGCAGAUGACUUCAACGACCUCCUAGGUAGCAGCGAUCCCCAAGACCGCACACCCAACCCAUUUUCCAUCCGCGAGAACCGCCACCGCGAAGCCCUCCACCACCGCAUGGUCGACCGCGUCUCACGCAAGAAACGGGCCGAGAAAGCCGCCCGCGAGACCAAGACGCCUGUCUCCCGGACCCCACGUUUCGCCAGCAGUCCGCGCUUGGAUUUUGGUUCGCGGGGACAUCCUCCUGCUGGGGGUGUUACGCCGGGGAAGGCCCUCACGCCUGCUGCGCAGAAAUUGCUCCAUCAGGUGGGGGGGAGUACGCCGCGGACGCCGGGGUUUUCGGCUUCGUCUUCGUCGGGGUUGAGGAAUCUGUGGACUCCUACGCCUAAGAGGGGGAAGUAAUCUUUUCUUUUUUCUUUUCCCGUUUUCAUGGAAAGGAUUCCAUUGCGUGGGUUUAUACAUGAGCCCAUUGCAUUACACUACACUACACUACACUACGACUACUAUAUUGGACCGGAUUGGAUUGGAGUACGGGAACAAACAGGCAAAGGCGUUGGUAUUCUAUAAUGAGUCAUGGGCUGGUUAUUUUGGAGUUGAUAUUAGCGAUGACUUUCUUUUCUUCCCUUCUUAUAUACCUUACAAUCAAGCAUCAAGCGUCAUACAGCC